AAAGGUUUUGUGCCUGAAGCAGCUUUUUUUCUGCAACUUAUGGGCACCGGGGCCAGCAUGGAGAAAUGCCAUCCAUCAAAAAACCUUUGAAGGCGGAGGGGGCAAACUUGUAGGCUAGCAAAAGUUGAAAUGUAGUUCAUUCCUGCAGGUUUUUUUUUUCCACAGCUGGCACACCAUUCACAGCCACAAAGCAUACAGAUGUUUCCAGCAGCACAAGAUGUGUUCAGGGAAUCGAGGGGAAAAAAACCAACCACUGCCCCGCUUGGACUAAAGGGACUUUUGCAGGCAUAAAUAGCAAGAUUUCCUCUCUUCCCCUUGCAGAUUUUCCAGCUGGGAGACAAAGCAAGUUCUUCUCCUAACAACCUCACAGCCACCGGAACACCCGAAAUGGGAAACUCACUACCUGUGUCUGGUUCUGACAAGACAAUCGCAGCACUGCUGGUUGCACUCUUGAGUUGCGUGGAUUGUGUUCCCCUCGAGGGAGAGACCCUGUGUGGUGCAGAGGAACCAACCACCUACAGCAUUGUCUUCACGGGGAAAUGGAGCCAAACAGCUUUUCCAAAGCAGUACCCGCUCUACAGACCCCCAGCGCAGUGGUCCUCCCUCCUAGGUGUGGCCCACAACUCGGACUACGUCAUGUGGAAGGCCAGCGGCUAUGCCAGCAACGGCAUGCGUGAGUUGGUGGAGAAGGGGGAGCCCUGGAUGCUGAUGAAGGAAAUUGAAGCAGCUGGAGAGAAAAUGCAAAGCGUUUAUGGAAUCUUCUCCGCUUCUCCUGUGGUUACCGGAACAGGACAGACCUCAACUCUCUUUGAAGUUGACCCGGGUCAUCCCUUAGUAUCCCUUGCAGUACGAAUCGUGCCCAGCCCUGACUGGUUUGUGGGGAUUGAGAAUUUUAAUUUGUGCGACAAAAAUGGCUGGAAGCGCCACGUCUCCAUAGAUUUAUUUCCAUAUGAUGCUGGAACGGAUAGCGGCUUUACGUUUUCCGCACCCAACUUCGCCACGAUCCCUCGCGAUACGAUCACGGAAAUCACCUGUUCCUCCCCAAGUCAUCCUGCCAACUCAUUUUAUUACCCCAAGCUUAAGACUCUGCCGCCGAUUGCCCGGGUGACCAUGGCAAAACUCAAAAGAAAGAAAUUGGGCUUUCUCAUCUCUCAACCAAACGUCACAACCACCCAUAACGAAGUGGAGGAUUCAGUCUCGGAAACACCUUUGGAUUGUGAGACCUCUCUGUGGUCUUCGUGGGGCCUUUGCCGUGGCACCUGUGGAAAUUUAGGAACGAAAAGACGGACUCGGUACAUACUACUUCAGCCAGCCAAUCAUGGGACCCCCUGUCCAGAUCUGAGCGAAGAAACACACUGCGAACCAGAUAAUUGUGUCUGAGAUAAUUUCUUUGGACCAUCGUUUACCUCGUGUAAUUUGGGGGAUAUUUAAGGUAUCUCUGCGUUGAUAUUUUUUAUAGCUCAUGAGCUGUCCAUCUAUCCAUCUAUCCAUCCAUCCAUCCACCAAUCCAAUAGAUAGAUCUACUUAAGGGAUCUGAGCUUUCUACACGUUUAUUGUGAACUCCUACAGUGCCACCUAGCGGUCAGAAAUAGUAGUAAUAGUAGUAAACUCGAAUAGUAAACUUAGUGUUACCAACAUCUGCACGGAGAAAAGAGGCAGGCGAGAAUCUUUUCAUUUCUGCUACUUCUGGAAUGUAUUUAAUGCAUCUGAGGAAUAAUGAGCUAGUUUCUACUGACUUACGAAAUGCUGGAGAAUUAAAUGUAUAAGUUUUGAGGGAGAAUCAACUUGAAGGAAAAAGAAAACCAAGUUUUUCUCAAGAGUACGAGAAAAAAGCCGAGAUUUAUUUGGGUGUGUGUGUGUAAUUCUAAAAAUUUUAAGCUGUUGUUUGAAAACUCUUGGGCUGGCUAUGGUGAAAGUUGGCAAGUUUUAUCUUUUAUGCAGAUUUCUAUGAAUUUUGUCCUGUUCUGUAAAGAGCUAAGAAGGCCUAAAAGGAGAACUGUAAUAAUAAUUUGCUAAAAAGUUUGUGUACCAAGGCGUAGAGUAUAUACGUCCUUUACUUACAGUGUUCUAUAUUUCUGGAUUUUUUUUUUCUAAUUAAAAACAAACAUUUUCCCUCCGGUUAAAUAAUA